CACACUUGCACACUCACUCACUCACUCACACACACACGCACACGCACAGCGCUGCGAGCCAGAGCAUCGCUCCUCUCGCUUCUUUCCCGUUACCAGACGAACGACGUGGUGGGACUGCGAAGUUGCUCUAAGGAGCCGGGAUCGCUCGUGACGCACACCUGGAUACGCGCGCACGGAGCAACGAAGGAACCAAAGCGCGUCGAUUUAGAACGCGAACAUCAUGCAUCUCAAUCAGCACAUGCUCUUCGCCCUGUACGGCAUCUGCGGGAUCCUGCUGAAAGCGGCGGCAACGAAAAACAAAGUGAAAGGAGCUCAAGGCCAGUUCCCAAUUGUCCAGAAUGUGACAGUGACAGAGGGAGGGACGGCCAACUUGACCUGUCGCGUGGAUCAUAAUGACAACACCUCCCUCCAGUGGUCAAACCCAGCACAGCAAACCCUCUUCUUUGGGGAUAAGAAAGCUCUGAGAGACAACCGGAUUGAUUUGAUCCGAGCCUCAUGGCAGGAGCUCACCAUCAGCAUCCGCGAGGUUGCGCUCGGAGACGAAGGGCUAUACACUUGUUCUCUCUUCACCAUGCCUGUCAAAACAGCCAAGGCCUAUCUGACUGUACUGGGGGUACCAGAGAAACCAGAGAUCAACGGUUUUACUAAGCCAGCCAUGGAAGGAGACCAGCUCACACUGACAUGUGUGACUUCGGGCAGCAAGCCAGCCGCAGACAUCAGGUGGUUCAGGAACGAGAAGGAGAUUAAAGGCGCAAAAGAGGUAAAUGCCAGCGGGAAGACAUUCAUGGUCCGUAGCUCGGUGCAGCUGAAGGUGGACAGGAAUGAUGACGGUGUGGCCUACACAUGUAAAGUGGUCCACGAGGCACUGCGGUCUAUCCAACAGCAAGCAACCGAGGUGUUGGAAGUGCACUAUGCUCCUCGUGUGGAGAUCAGGCAUUCUCAGUCACUUCCACAAGAAGGAGAUAUUCUCAAACUGGAAUGUGUGUCUAACGGAAACCCCUCGCCAGACCCAGUGAAAUGGACGAAAGAUGGGGGCAAACUGCCAGACUUGGACCGUGUGAUUGUUGACGGCAGAGAUCUCACUUUCAUAUCCUUAAAUAAAACAGACAAUGGCACCUAUCGCUGUGAAGCCAGUAAUCAUCUGGGCACCAACCAUGCCGAAUAUGUGCUCUUCGUGUACGAUGCCCCCACUACACCCUCUCCAUCCACAACUCCUCCCCAUGUAGCCAUCCUCCCAGACACUACCGAUCCAUUAGACUUCAAGCCCGACUCUGCAGUCACCGGUCAGAGAGAUCCUAAUGCUUUGGUCCAGCAUGGACCAGAUCAUGCUCUGAUUGGAGGAGUAGUGGCUGUUGUCGUCUUUGUCACCCUGUGCUUAAUCAUCGUACUGGGACGAUACCUGGCACGGCAUAAAGGCACAUAUUUGACAAACGAGGCCAAAGGAGCCGACGAUGCCCCUGAUGCAGACACAGCCAUUAUCAAUGCAGAUGGUAACCACGCACACACAGAGGAAAAGAAGGAGUACUUCAUUUAGACUCCGCUCCACUCGCCUCUUUCUCUCUCUGUCUCUCUUUCUCUCUCUCUUUCUCUCGCUCUCAUUCCCUGCUCCAUGUAGAAACCUUGUCUGGCAGCAGCGGAAGUUUCUUCUUUACUCAUGUCCUAUGUUCUUUAUUUGCAUUCACCUUUAUUUUCCUUUUAUCAGCUUGUCCUGAAUUUCAUCUGCUACUUUUUCCAGACAUGGCUGCCGAUAAUAGUUGCCUUUAUUAUUUUUUAUUCACAUUGUUCACAUUGUGUCUGUAAAAAAAAAAAAAAAAAAUGAAUCGUUGGCCAAACCACCUGAAUCCAGUUCAAUACUUCACUUCAGUUCUUUCAGAAGUUCUCCUCCAUCACUUUCUCACAGUGCCUCAAUAUAAUAAUCACACAUCCAUUAAAUGGUUUUAGUCAAUUCUUUCAGUUGGGUUGAGUGUUUUAGGAUUGGCUGCUUGCCUUUGUUUUUAUUUUUUACUUUUAUCUUCAGCACUAUUACACAGUAUCAUCUUUAAUGUACAUAUGUAUUUUGAUUUCUUUUUAUUCUUUACAGUCCAUUCCAACACUGUUGUCAUUUUUCUUCAAUUAAAAAAAAAUAUACAGGAAAACAUUUUCUUAUGAAAAGUAGCUGAUACCCAUUUUAACUUACAGAGAAAUACUGAUCAGUGAUUAGUGUGUGUUCCAUAGUGUGAGUGAAGAUAUACACAAUCAGACUGAUAGCUCGCACUCAUAUUAACCAGUAUUUGUACCUGAAAUGUAGUUAAUGGCAAGAAGCCUAUAUGAUAGUUCAAGGGUCAUGAAGCAUCAGCUGAAUACUCCAAUGUUUUCCAUCAUUAAAAAAUAAAGCUAGUAUGAUAGAAGGCCAGGGGUUGUAGGUUAAAGACAUGCCAGUGACUUUAAUGAAUUUCCAUUUUUUUCUAUACUCAUCAUUUUGCUGUGUCUAUGUGAAAUACUGUGUUUCUGGCUCAUCUGUAUAUUCCUGCAUUCUCUCACUGAAACUAUAGGAUGCAGUGGCUAUGUUCACAUUACAGAUUUUUAUGCUCAAUCCCUUAACUGUUCACAUCUGCCCGAUGAACAGAUUUUUGCCAUGGAAAGAAGUAAAGAAGUAGGCAGACAUCUUUAUAUAUACAUAGUAUAUAUAUCAUGUGUAUUAUUUAGCAACACACAAAAAAAUAACAUUGGGUAAACUGUUAAGGUGAAACCAAAAAAGAUUUAAUACCUGUAGAUGAUAUAUAAAUUUAUAUAGUAGCAUCUCAUUCAGAGCGACUUGUUGGCAAAGGUUCAAUGUGCAGAGAUUUUAGAAAACUCAACAGAGAUUUGUAUCCGUUUGGAUUUGGAGCCACAUACGAAAGUGGCCCAAAAUGUAAAGAAAUAUUUAUUAAAAAAAAAGAUCAGACUGUUGAGUAACAUUUUUAUUAACAGUUUGCUUUUCGAGAAUGAACAAACCACCAACAAUCUGUCAAAUGUAUAACAGGAAUAAAAACGGAUUUUUAAACGUCAACAGUUUUAGCAACAGAAUAAACUUUCCAGUUAAUAAGUAUUCAGCAAGUCUGUAUAAAUUGCUGUCUCUGAGCAGCUGCUUUGCUGAGUAAUAUUUAUUUGAAUACUUUAUAGGCAACCAACUAUCACUAGACACACACUCUGCCAGUGUUAUUGGACUAAUAAUUAGUAGCUGGUUGGUUGCAAAUAGAUUUGAAGUGUUGCUGACUUUUAUAUUCAUGCAGCUUGUGAAAAUCAGACUUGUGCCACAUGUAGGCACAAUUUUUUCAGAUUUUUUUCAAUCUGUAAAGUGAACAUAAUAAACCAAUGCAUUGCCCUGGAUAUGUGUUUAUUCCUAUACACUCAGUUCAGCAGUUUACAUCAUGAUCAUCAACAUGAACUGAUAAAAUAUCAGUCAUGUUCAGUUACAGGAAUACAAACUAAGGGUAAAAGGUUCUUUAUCUAACUGUGUAACAAUGUUCAAACUACUAAAAUAAUAAUAAUAAUAAUAAUAAUAAUAAUAAUAAUAAUAAUAAUAAUAAUAAUAAUAAUCAGUCCAGAAAGUCACAAUGGUGUUUCCUGCCAUUUAUUCUCCACCUUUUCUUAUGUCCACAUCUGAUAAUUAGAUUAACUGUAGAAGCACAAGAGAGUUUGGACACGCAGAGACAAUGACUGACGGUUAGAUAACACACUGAUUAUGGUUGUCUGUGACAAUUAGGAAACAGCACUGAUAACAAUCUGAAAUUUUAUAUUAGUGAACAUUAUGUAAAACAUAUAUUAUGGUCAUAUUAUUAUUAUUAUUAUUAUUAUUAUUAUUAUUAUUAUUAUUAUUAUUCCUUCUUUUGGAUCUCUGUAAUAAAUAGGUGCCCAUGUUAAUAUGGCUGUAUAUUAAUUCUGCUUAAUGUAGUAAGUAGUGAAAAUUGUUGUCAGAACAUUGGGACCCCACAUAUCAAGAAGUUUGUAUAUUAGCCUAUUAUUCACAUUAAUUAAAAUUAUGGUUUCUUUUU